GUUAUUGGCAAAAAACACGUCAAACAGAUCGCACGUAAAAUAAUAAUAUAUAGAAACAUGUUGAAGCUGGACACCAAACCUGGCAUCAUAUUCUCGGGAAUUGUAUCUAUUGGAGCUACAAUAGCCUAUCUAGCUGUGGCUGACGAUUAUUAUUAUCGAAUGGGUUUAAUGCUAGAUUUGGGAGGGCAUAUUAGUUGUCUACAGAUACUGAGCAGCGUGGUCCUAAUUGUUGGGGUUUUUGAGCAAAAUUACAAAUUCUUUGUGCCAUGGAUGAUUUCUACGGGAUUGUUUAUCUACUUGAUGACUUACGCGACCAUGGUAGUGAUCCAGACCAGUGAUUGGAUCUUUGUUCCCACCAUAUUGGCGCCAAGUGCAGUGUAUCUCAGUUGUGCCUUGUACGCAGUGAAGAAAGGUUUCGACACGAUGCGCAAGAAUCAGUCAGAGCCAAAUAUGAGUGUAAUUGAGAAGAAGAAUAUCUUGAGUCACUUUUAGGACACAUUUUGCCGGCCUAUGUUAACUUUAAAAGCUUCUCAUUGUUUGGGAAUAAAGAACAUGUGUAUUUUA